GUGGCCGAGGUGGCUGAGGUGGAGGCGCUUACUUUAAUACCAGACGGUAAAAUACAAACUUUAGGUGAAGGACAGGAACCUAGGUACACACAGGAAGAUCAAAAACUAAUUGAGGACUUGAAAGGGAAAGUAAGAUUAGAUGGAUGGGUAUAUUUGAAAGAUAAUAGAAUUGUGAUACCCUCUUAAUUUAAUAUGGCCUACGGUCAUGGCGGAACAUAAUAAGACUCAUUGGGGAGCAGACACCUUGUAUAAAAAUCUGAGUCGAGUCUUAGUGGGAAGAAAUCUGUAUACUACGGUAAAACAAGUAACCCAACAAUGCAGUAUUUGUUUGCAUCAUAACCCUAACACAGAAAAUAGGGUAAAGUUCGGAAUAAUUGGUAAAGGAAACUAUCCCGGACAACAAUGGCAAAUUGAUUUUUCAGAACUGCCUAGAAAAGGGGGGUAUCGAUAUUUGUUAGUUUCAACAGAUACUUUCUCAGGGUGGCCAGAGGCUUUUCCCUGUCGAACUAACAAGGCAAGGGAGGUGGUCAAGGUUUUAUUAAAUGAGAUAAUACCACGGUUUGGAAUUCCGGCGGCAAUGUCCUCACAUAGGGGCUCCCAUUUUUGUGCACAAAUAGUCCAACAAGUAAGUAAGGUCCUAGGGGUAGAUUGGCAACUCCAUACCCCUUACAGACCACAGGCAAGCGGGCAAGUGGAGAAAAUGAAUCACCUAAUUAAACAACAAAUGGCCAAAAUCGGACAAGAAACUAACUUGCCGUGGCCUCAGUCUCUUCCCUUAGCUUUGCUCAGAAUUAGAGUGAAACCGCGGACAAAGGAGAAUCUAAGCCCUUUUGAAAUAUUAUACGGAAGGCCCUAUCAGUUUUUGUUCAGCGGGGAGGAUCUGACGCAAUUGGGGUCAGGAUACUUGUAUAAUUAUUUAAUAGGACUCCAAAAACAGUUGAAUCAAAUAUCUAAAGUUGUCUCAGGAACCAGGGCUAGAGGGCUGGACCAACCAAUCCACCCCUUUAAACCUGGGGAUUAUGUGUAUAUAAAAGUAUUUACAGGUCACCCUUUGGAGGAAAAGUGGACGGGACCAUACCAAGUGCUGCUGACAACGCAUACUGCUAUCAAGAUCAAGGAGCAAGCAGCUUGGAUCCACUAUUCAAGGGUGAAGAAGGCACCUGGGAAAAUAUGGACCGCUACUCCAACUGGGCCAGUCGAGUUGCGGUUCUCCAGAUCCUAAUGAUUGUGGGAAUAU